AAUCUAACGCAUUUGUCAAAAACACUGGCGUUAGGAUAACAAGUGUUUAUUGUUUCACUGUAUCAGCAGUUAAGUGUGGAGUUAAAUGGGCAACGCUACUCGGAAUAUAAGCAGUGGAGUAAAUGUGGACCCAGACUUUUAUUUUGCUUCAGUUGUUUCUGGAAUAGUGAUGAUGUUAAUGUUUGUUUGCUCGUCUGUGUUAAGUCCAAUAGUUUUAUGGGCUCUGUGGAAAACAGAACGUUUUAAAUCGCCUAUAUAUAGGAUGAUAGGAUUAAUAUUGUUUAAUGAAGUUUUAGUACGAAUUUUUGGAUCACCUCUUCUUAUUACUUCAAUGUUGUCUGUGCGAUGGCUUUACUUUGAUGUUGGUUGUGUAUUUUACGCUUUCUUAAUGACUUGGUUAGGCGUAACCACAACAUCUUUAUUUACAUGUGUCGCAAUUGAACGGUAUAUUAUAAUGUGUCAACCGGACUUACGCCAUCAUUUAACAGUACAUGCAGCCAAUAUAACCGGUGUUAUAUGCUACAUUCAUGGUUUAAUCUGGGCUAUUACACCUCUUCUAAUGGUGAACGGAUACGUGUACGAACCAUCAAGACUCUCGUGUACACCUGAUUGGUCACAUGACAAUAUUGGAUACAUCAUGGGACUUCUUUUUGUGUGCUUUAUCAUGCCAGUGUUGACAUCAAUGUACUGUUACAUAACCAUUUACAAAGUGAUUCGAAGACAUACAAUAAGAACAGGUUUCGGCUCAACUAUUGACAACAAUGUUGCUUUCAACACAGCUAUUACACUAGGUACUUUCCUUCUCUCAUGGACACCGUAUGUUUGUAUUGCUCUACAUAAAACUCUAGGAAUGGAAGAACAAAUAAACCUAUCAAAAGAAAUAACGCUUAUUCCCUUAGUUACGGCUAAAACGGCAGGACUGUGCCAUCCGCUUGUCUUUGGUUUAAACAACAGUGAUAUUCGUAAUGUCAUUAGAUCUGAGCUCAAACAUUUUUGUUGUCAAACAUUCUGUAUCAAGAGACUGUCAAGACGUACAUCUUCAGGUCGACUGAAAUCUACAGCACAAUAUGAUAGAUCCAAUGAAAGGCUAAAUCAUCAAGAAAAUGAGGUCACUCAUAAAAACAAUACAUAUCAACAAGUUAACAAAGACUCAUACGAGGUCAUACAUUCGUCUCGGACCUCGACUGAAGUAUAAAUGCGUUUACAUUAGCUUCAUGAUGGCAAAUAGAUAUUGUUAUAUCGUACAAAAAAAUAUUUGUAGUCUU